GUCUUCCCCUUUUCCGAGUGUCAAACAUGGCGGAUACGGAAGGCGAGUCAUUAGAAUCGUGGCUAAACAAAGCCACAAACCCCUCCAACAGGCAGGAAGACUGGGAAUAUAUCCUCGGGUUCUGUGAUCAAGUCAACCAAGAGCUUGAAGGUCCACAGAUAUCAGUGAGGUUAUUAGCACAUAAAAUCCAGUCACCACAAGAAUGGGAGUCCUUACAAGCCCUGACGGUCUUAGAAGCCUGCAUGAAAAACUGUGGAAGAAGGUUUCAUAAUGAAGUUGGAAAAUUUAGGUUUUUAAAUGAAUUGAUCAAAGUCGUAUCACCCAAGUACUUAGGAGACAGAGUAUCAGAGAGUGUGAAAACAAAAGUAAUAGAGAUGCUUUUCAUUUGGUCAGUUGCCCUACCUGAUGAAGCAAAGAUUACAGAGGCUUAUCAGAUGCUAAAGAGGCAAGGUGUUGUGACGACAGACCCAGAGGUUUCUGCUGACAAAACUCUCAUUGCCUGCCCACCGGAGAGGCCUCACAAUCCCAUCUUUGACAAUGAAGAGAAGAGUAGACGUCUUGCAGAACUGCUGAAAAGCAAGAAGCCAGAGGAUCUACAAGAGGCCAACCGCCUCAUCAAAAACAUGGUGAAAGAGGAUGAAGUGAGGGCACAGAAAGAGUCCCAGCGCACCAGUACUUUACUGGAGGUGAACACCAGUGUGAAACUCUUAAAUGAAAUGCUCACCCACUUUAACAGAGAGCAGGCCACCCUGGCAGACAGAGAGCUCCUGAAGGAUCUGCACGAUGACUGCGAUAAGCUGAGAACAGCAGUGUUCAAGAUGGCCACUGAGACGGAGGACGACGACGACGGUAGCUUAGGUGAAAUUCUGCAGGCAAGUGACGACCUCUCACACGUUAUUAGCACCUAUAAGGCCGUAGUGGAAGGGCAGGAUGUCCGUGCGGACACUUCUGGACGUUUGCCGUCAAAAUGCACCAAUAAUGCGAAUUCGUCAGAGAUUUUGAUAGAUUUGACUGGGCUGAGCGUUCACAGUCCGCCGGAUCCACCUUCGCCGGCCCCUCAAACCACACAGUCCAUUCCUGCUGACCUCUUCCUGCCUGAGCCUGUCCUGGAAGCACCUCCUCUCUGCGCCUGGUUCUCCUCUGGACAGCCCGACUUGCGGAGCAGUGGGAAGGGCAACCCUAACCAUCCAGUCGUGGACAGGACGCCGAACUGCAUGUCUCUCAUGGAUGAAGAACUCCUUUGCCUAGGUCUCUGUGAUCCAGUCACGUCUUCAGUCAAUCAGAUGCAACGGAGAGAAGACAAACUGAGCAACCAGUGGACAUCUUUACAGAGCCCCAAUCCAGUAAUGGAUCCUGUGGGUAGUGCACCUCCACUAGACCUCCUCCAGUCUGCUGACCCAGCUACCACCGGACCUACCUCACCGUUGGACUCCAGUUGCGCUCCGGCAUCUUUCGAGGCAGCUGCGGCUCUGCCCCGUCCUAGCCAUGCCUCGUCUGUCUCCAGCUCACUCCAAGACAUGGCUCUGCUGGACCUGGGGAAGCCUGGCGGUGGUCUGUCAAGUCUGAGUGGGAGUGUACUGUGUAUGGGUGGAGAUAGCACCACCCUGUCCUCUUUACCCAUUGGGGUGGCUGGCGCUCCUCCUGCACUGCCCUACAAUAAGCUGCCGGACUCCACCGUUUGCCCAGACAGCCCUCUGCUCCAGCUCCUAUCAUCCCCUCUGCUUGCCAGGCAAGGAACUGCAAGCCCGCCGCCUGAACCCUCCCUGGCCAACGUCUUCGUCCCAUUGGAUGCCAUUAGACCCAGUAGAGAGAGCCCUGUGACAGCCUACGAUAAGGAUGGCGUGUGCGUCAUCCUCCACUUUGCCUCUGACUGUCCCCCUGGGCGACCUGAUGUUCUGGUCAUGGUGGUGUCCAUGCUGAACACAGCACCUCUACUGGUGAAGAACGUGACACUACAUGCAGCUGUGCCAAAAUCUAUGAGAGUGAAGCUGCAGCCACCCUCAGGCACAGAGAUGGCACCCUUCAACCCCAUACUGCCCCCUAGUGCCAUUACACAAGUCAUGCUGCUGGCCAACCCAUUGAAGGAGAAGGCGCGGAUGAGGUACAAACUGAUGUUUGUCCUCGGAGAUCACCAAUGCACUGAGACAGGUGAAGUGGAUACGUUUCCCCCAGUGGAUAGGUGGGGCCGGCUGUAGCUCCUUCUGACACACAGAUCCCAAGGCUAGCUGCAAGAGAUCCACUCUACUGCAGAGUCCAGAUACAUCCUAAUCCAGAUAAUCCAGGCCUUCAGAAGAAUCUGAGUAUAGAGCCAGGCAUGUUGGAUUAGGGUUAGAUUUCAAAUGGGCAAGGCAUUUGAUCUGCAGGGGCAGGUCUUGGCUAUGUUACGCGGAGCUGUCUUUAAGCUAAUGCACCCAAUGGCUGUCUGUAGAGGGGAGUGCUGCAGCCUAGUGUGUACUACAGGAAGUUUGCAUCUGAAAGAGCCCUAAACCAAACUACAGUCAGAUACAUGGGGAAACCAUAGCAAUAACUUAAAAAAAGGUUAAUUUGUCAAGUCAAGUUUAUUUACAUAGCACUUUUUAUAACAGUUGAAGGAGCUUUGCAAAUGUCUAAGCCCCCAGAGUCAAAGCCCCCAGUGAGCAAGCCAAGGGUGACAGUGGUGAUGAAAAACCCCCUAGAGUAUGAGGAAGAAACCUUGGG